AGUCCCUCAAGGCAGGAACCGAGGGUUUCCAAAAUCCAAAUACUAUGCGAGACUGCGAGAGCCUCGAGUCCGUUCAUCUCCCCAAGCCUCUUCCAUCUCUACUGCAAGAGUCUCCCUCUCCAAUCCGGGUCCCAAAUCUCCAUUCUUGAUGCAUUCUCUUUUGGUGUAGAUUAUUAUGUGAUUGAGAAAUGACAAUGGCGACGGUCGUGGUGCAGCGGGGCUCGCCAGCGAUGAAUCGAGAGUGCCUGGGAAGGCAUCAUUCUUCUGUGAUUAGUUGUGGAGCGAUCGAUUGCUGGAGCCUUGGAACUCAUCUUGGUAGACGGGUUGUGGAGUUUGGUGCCAGGCCUAAACCGUUUCAUGAAAUAAGCCGGCAGAUGAGAAGCAAUAGAUCGAGGCUAGCUUUUGCCUUGGACACUGGUGGAUCUCCUAGCACUGAUGAUCAAGAUAGCCCUGAAGGGGACAAUGCAGGGCUUGGCAGGACAAGAUUGGGCACAAUAGUCCGUGCUGCGGCGAGACAGCUUCUGGAGAAGCUGAAUGCUACCAGAAAGAAUUUCCCCAUGAAAAUAUUUCUCCUCCUCUUGGGUUUUUAUACAGCCAAUGCCCUGGCAACUAUCCUAGGGCAGACUGGUGACUGGGAUGUCUUGGUUGCCGGUGUUGUGGUGGCUGCUAUAGAGGGUAUCGGCAUGCUUAUGUACAGAAAACCAUUCACUAUGCCCAUUGGGAGAUUGCAGUCAUUGGUGGUGAUGGUGAACUACUGGAAAGCUGGUGUAUGCUUGGGUCUCUUUGUUGAUGCUUUCAAAUUAGGAAGCUGAGGGACUUAGGAAUUCAAUCUGGCUUAAUAAAUCACAUAUUUUCCUAGACUGCACCAUGAUCAUGGUGAUUCAUCGAGAUCAAGUGCAUGGAUGCUAUUUCAUCUGUGAUUCAAUUGCAUGGUUGCUGAUUGAUCAAAAAAUUUGCAGGAUAUGUCCUUUUU